CGGAGAGAGGUAGUCAUUUUGGAGAGCGCAAAGAGAGCGGUGUCAACCCGAGGAACUCCACGUUUCACUUCAGCCGAUAUUUAUUUAUUUAUCUAUUUAUUCUGACCUUUGCUUUGGGAUGAGCGGACUGCUUUUGAAUAUUUUCUGGGUGGCAGCAUUUAGCGCACUCUUAUCGGCGCCGGGGCUCCGAGCUUCUCCGGUGGUGGGGCAGGAACCCAUUCGCUGCGCUCCGUGCCCCCCGGAACGGCUGGCCGAGUGUCCCUUGGUGGAUGCCGGUUGUGAGGAAGUCCGUCCGGAGCCGGGCUGCGGCUGCUGCCUUGCUUGCGCGCUGAAGAGGGGCGACCCGUGCGGCAUCUACACUGCGCCCUGCGGCUCGGGGCUCCGCUGCUUACCCAAACCAGGAGAACCCCGACCUCUACACGCGCUCAACCGAGGACAAGCGGUGUGCACUGAGACCCCCGAACCCGAUCAGAACCAAAACGCACAGACGCCAGAUCAUCCUGAGACUAACAACGGGGCAACGGCGGUGAAUGAAGGCAGCUCUUCCCUCUUUGUGCCCGGGCACGGCAAGCCCUUCGACCCGCGGGUCAUCACCGCUAAAGAGAGCAUGAAGGCCAAAGUCAACGCCAUACGCAGAAAACUCGUCGAGCAGGGUCCUUGUCAUAUUGAACUGCAGACAGCUCUUGAUAAGAUUACUAAAUCACAACAGAAACUGGGAGACAAACUGACCAGAUUCUACCUUCCAAAUUGUGACAAGCAUGGUCUAUACAAAGCCAAACAGUGUGAAUCGUCUCUGGAUGGUCAGAGGGGGAAGUGUUGGUGUGUGUCAUCCUGGAAUGGGAAGAAAAUUCCUGGAUCAAGUGACCUGCCAACAGAUGUUGAGUGUCCCGAUGAACUCAACCACUGAUCUUUCACAAAUGCACACACACUGGAGGAUCUAAAGGAACUCAACCACUGAUUUCUCUCUUACACACACACACACACACACACACACACACACACAUAUAUAGACCAUUAUGCCACUGAUUUUUAUCAUUAUAUUUUUUAUCUUGGUAUUUAUUUAUUGUUAGUGGUGAUAUUUAAUUCAGGUACACUGUUUUUGAUUUGGUAAAUUCCCUGAACUCUCCAAAAAAAAAAAAAAAAAAAAAAAAAAAUCUUGAAUAUGUAUUUUCCAUGAAGUACCCUGACUUAUUUAUUUAAACUGAAUGUAUUCAUUUCGAUACCUGGAUAAGAAUAUUUAUUCCUUAUGCCUUAUACAUAUUUUUGUAUGGUGUAAAUCUGUGUAUAUUUGGUGUAUAUAGACUACUAUGUCUCUUGUCUUAACCUUCCUCCAGGCUUGCUUUGUUGGGAAGGAAAGAAAUGGAAAAAAGCACUGCAUGACCAAAUCUCUUUGUCACUGUCCAUACAUUGCCAUUUUUUUUAAAUACUGUAUUUGUUAUAUAUUGAAAUGUACUAAUGAUCUUUUUUUAUGAUUUGAGAUUAGAUGGGCAUGAAAGAUUCUGUAUUUUUUUACAUGCAAAGUAUUGGUCUUCACAGCUUUUGAAACGGGUAAUCGCCUGUUCCUACCUCUGCCUUUUAAGUUGUUUAUGUGUUAAAUCUUAGAGCUUUUUUUUUUUAUCAAGUUUGUUAUUAUUGUUUUUGUUUGAAAAGGACUUUCGAAAAUGUCUGUAUGACAGUGAGAUCACACUCUUGCUGUAUUUGUUGAUAAUGUUUGUGCUGUCUAAAUACUGUGGUCCAGUUAUUUUUAUUAUUAUUUUUAAGCGAUGCAAUGUCUACACUCACAUUACAGUGAGAAAAGAAGAUAUACUCCAAAGCAAUUGCUCUUGUAUAAUAAAUUUUUCAUGGUUUGUAAUUGUUAUUCAUUGUGGGAAAAACAAGAGCUAUUUAAUAAAAUAUCUUUA